AGUCUGGCCUAAAAAAAUAAACGUUCCGAGUUUUCCGUUUUGAAUUUCAAGUCUUCCAUUAAUUUUUGGAACUGAUUGCUGUUCCACUUGAUGGUGAAUCUGUUAAAUGAUGGCAGAUGAUAAUUAGCUUGUGGAAGUGUAUGCAGAAUGUAGGGAAGCAGUUGUCAUGGAUUGAUUGAGCGUUCCGUGUUGGAGUGCAUAUUUUGAUUUGACUUUAUUGCAUGUUGAACGGUGCAUCCCGGAAUCAGGUCGGUAGGUGUCAAUUGUCAUCACAAUGGCUGACACACUUCUGCUUGUCAGGUUCUAAAUUUAGUUUGUAACAGUUAACUGGUGUAUUCCACACGUGUUUUACGCGUAUUUAUCGUGCCUGGUAAUGCGUUCAGUGGGAGAAGGAGAACUGAAGAAAAUCUAUAAUAAAUUAUUAUGAUCGGAUAUACAAGUUUGGACUGCAUGCACGUCGAUGGCACACAUUGGAGCAUGUCCUCUGCUGAUUCGCUGACAUUGGGAAUAAUCUUCCAUUUUUUAUUUUCCUUGAUAGAAUUUGAGGAGCAGGAUUGCUGGUGAUUUUUUGGUGGAAUUCGGAUUGAUCUGGCCCGAGUGCAGCCUGAAGUGGAAAUCUGUGCGUCGUCCGCCCGCGGCCGGUGGUUUGUCGGGGAUUAUUAUUUAUACGUUUUGCGGCGUGAAGAAGCUGCAUCGUUUUGCUGGCAUCCCGUCGGGCCUUGACUGACUGGAUUGCUGUCGGUGUCUGGCACGUGAGGCACAGUUUGCCUUGUUGAAGGACCCUUGCCUUCCCUGGCCAUGCCCGCCGACUGGGGAGCCGAUCUCUGGGAUCAGUACGAUGCCGUGGCGGCGCACACGUCCAAGGGGAUCGACUUCCUGGACCGGUUUGCGCAGUUCUACAAGGAGCGCUGCCAGGCCGAGGUCAAGUACGCCCGGGAUCUGAAGAAUAUUGUGAAGAAUUUCCAGCCGAAAAAGAAGGAGGACGAGGACGCGCAGUACAGCUACUACCGCGGCUUCGGCAAGAUGGCCGCCGAGGUGCACGAUCUGGCGGCGCAGCACGAACGCUUAGCGGAGGACCUGCAGACCAGCGUGGCUAUCCGCGUGCAGGCGCAGGCCAAGGAGCUCCGUGACGAGCGCAAAAAGCAUCUGGAAGACGCCAUUCGCAAUCAGAAGCACUUGGAUCUGCAUCUCCAGUCACUGGAUAAAGCCAAGAAAACGUAUGAAAAAGCCUUCAAGGAGGCGCAGCGGGCGCACGAAUCGUACAUUCGCGCCGAUGAGAACCAGGAGCUGUCGCGCAAAGCCGUCGAAGAGGCGCGCAUGGCGGCGACGCGGAAGCAGCAGGAGUUCGAGACGGCCAAGCAGGAGUACGCGGCGCGGCUGCAGGACACCAACCAGUACCAGCGCAACUUCUACCAGACGCUGAUGCCCGGCGUCUUCCAGCGGCUGCAGGAGCUGGACCAGAAGAAGACCGGCCAGAUCCGCGACAGCAUCAAGCUGGCCGUCGAGGUGGAGCGCCGCAUCCAGCCCAUCAUCGACAAGUGCCUGCUGGGCAUGAUCCAGGCCGCCGAGGAGAUCGUCCCCGAUCUGGACAGUCAGACGGUGGUGGACCGGUACAAGUCGGGCUUCGAGCACCCGCUGGACAUCCCCUUCUGGAAUCUGGAGGACGCCAAGUCCGUCGACACCGGCACCAUCAACAACCACUACCCGCCCAUCCGCUCGGGCAGCUUGCGGACCGGCACGACGUCCGCCUCGGAGAAGAAGCAGCGCAAGACCAUCAUCAACAUCUUCCCUUCCGCCAAGGCGAAAGACGUGGCCAAGGACGACUUCGUGGAUCUGCCGCCGCAGCAGCGCAAGCGCAAGAUCCAGCAGCGCAUCGACAGCGUCAACCAGCAGAUGCACCAGGAGACGUUGACGCGUGAUGCGUUGAUGAAGAUGAAGGGCGUGUACGAGUCCAACCCCAGCAUGGGCGACCCCAACAGCGUCAACGGCCAGCUGGCCGAGAACGCCGACAAGAUGAACGUCCUGCGCCAGGAACUCCACCGACUACAGGGUUUGUACGACGAAGUGGACAACCCGAGCGCCGCCAACGGGAACGGGAACGGACCACCCGCUCCGGCGCCGACGCCCAGCCAGCCGUUGAGCAAGGGGAGCAGCAGCGUGGUGGCGGUGAACGGGCGGGACAGCCGCGACAAGAGCCUGUCGGUCAGCAGUCUGCCCGGCAACCAGGCGGGGAGCGCCGACUCCCUGGUUGUCUCCACUCUGCCCACUCUCAACAGCACCACCGCCACCUCCAGCCGCAGCCCCUCCGAGUCCAGCAUCCCCGCCUUCCACCAGCCCCCUCAGAUGCACCACCACCGCCACUCCCUCUCCGACAGGGACACCGACCAGCAGGAUCUCUACGAACCGGCGCCCGGCGAGAGCGACGAGGUCAUGGGUUCCUGUCUGGCGCUGUACGAUUUCGACGGCCUUAGCGAGGGCUCGCUGGCGAUGGCGGAAGGGGAGGAGCUGGAGAUCCUGGAGACGGAUCAGGGCGACGGAUGGACGCACGUGCGCCGGAUGGCGGGGAAUCAAAAAGGCCCGCAGCUGACGGAGGAGGGCUUCGUGCCCACCAGCUACAUCAAGUGCACGCUCUUCCCCGGCACGGGCCACGCCCACACCCAACACCGCCACCCGCACCCCGGCUGAAGUAGCGACACAGCCGAUCAACGCCUAAUUUUCUCUAGUUCCACAGUGUUUUUUUAACGGACGGUUUUUGUAGCUAUUUGUGCCGUUGUCUGCAGAUAUAUCUUGCUGUUAGAGAAUUAAUUCAAACGCUGCUACGCUCGUGGUUUGUGUUUUCUACUGGGGUGGCACGCUUCUCCGCUGUGUGUGUAUAAAAUGGGUAAUUUUUUUGAUUUUGCACGUUUGUCUCGUCGACUCAGCAUCAGCAGCACGCAGGUGGUUUGUUUAUAAUGCUGUUUCUUUUUGUUUAUUACGUGUGAAUUUACAGUUCUCGCAGAUGUUUUGUCGGGUUCGUAAACCGUUGGCAAAGGCUCUAUUGCGCAUCUUUCAAUAAAAUUCUUGCGGCUUGUGA